GUUUGUUUGCUACUAUGUUUGAAUUAUGCUAUGGUGGUUGAAUUUCUUUCAGUCUUAGUCGCAUGAUUUUAGAAUCAUUUGGUUGUUUAUCUUUUUCUUAAUCCUCACCCCAAGCUAAGACGCAAUUGUAAUGAAAUAGAGCGGCUUUGUUUUUUUAUACGAUUCUUCUACUAAAGCUUUUCUCGCGCUUUCUCCAUGGAAGCCGUUUCCCUUUCUCACACUGGUUACCAUGAGCUUGGGCUUUACAGUGCUUCAUCUUCUUUGCUGCCGUACAUUUGGCUGCACGGAUGGUAGCAACCGUUUUAGAGGGAGAGGGUGAUUGUAGAAGCAUGGUGAAGGGUCAAGGUGAAGGGGCAAGAAGGUCACAAGAAUGGGAUGGAGAAGAGAGAGGGGAUGAAUGCGUUUAGGGGUCUUCAAUAUAGCUCCUCUCUCCAUGAACAAGCAAAUUUGAGAAAAGCUGCUCAACAUUAUUGCUACUCAUCCGUCAUCAGAAAAUGUGUUGGUGUCUCUUCGUGUUAUCUUACUCCAAAUGAGAAUCCAUACAACCUGUUUAGUGGAAAAAGAAACCCCCGGUCUAUUAUUGUUAGGUCAGAACUUGCAAAAAUGGGAACUCAUGAAGUUGGUUAUCCAUUAUCAGAAGUACCGUUGAGCUCAAAAAUAAGAGGAACGUGCUUUUAUGCUACUACUGCAAUCACUGCUAUUUUUCUCUUUAUGCUUAUGCUGGUGGUGCAUCCAAUUGUGUUAUUGACGGAUAGAUACCGCAGAAGAAUUCAUUAUACAAUUGCCAAAAUGUGGGCAAGUUUGACUGUUGCUCCAUUUUUUAGGAUCAAAUACGAAGGAUUGGAGAAUUUACCCGCUCCAAAUUCUCCUGCUGUAUAUGUUUCCAACCAUCAGAGCUUUCUUGACAUAUAUACACUUCUUACCCUUGGCAGAAGCUUUAAGUUCAUUAGCAAGACUGCAAUCUUUCUCUUUCCCAUUAUUGGUUGGGCUAUGUUUAUGAUGGGUGUCGUUCCUUUGAAGCGUAUGGAUAGCAGAAGCCAGUUGGACUGUCUGAAGCGAUGCAUGGAGCUUAUAAGGAAGGGUGCAUCUGUAUUUUUCUUUCCAGAGGGAACACGUACUAAAGAUGGAAAAUUAGGUGCUUUCAAGAAAGGAGCAUUCAGUGUUGCAGCAAAGACGAAAGUGCCUGUUGUACCGAUUACACUCGUAGGAACUGGUAGCAUUAUGCCAGCAGGAUCUGAAGGCAUCUUGAAUAUGGGAUCUGUGAAAGUUCUUAUCCAUAAGCCUGUGAUCGGAAGUGAUCCAGAAGCAUUGUGCAAUGAAGCUUGGAGUGUUAUUGCUGAUGCACUGAUCCUAAACAAAUUGGAAUCAAAGUGAGCCAAGAAGAAGUUCCAUAAUCUCUUGAUGGAAGAAGAGUGAGGCAAGAGUUGGUCUAUAUCUUCCCUAGCUGUACUGCAUAUUGCACACAUCCUGUAGGGUUGAGAUCCGAAGGGAACAUCCUUGGGGUAUUUGAUCAAUCAAGAUAAUUGCUCUUCCCAGUAGCAAGGGACAACGGAAACAUUUUGAGGCAAACUGCUACAUUCAUUUUGUGCAUAAUCUUGUGAUCAUAAAUUGCUAAUAAGGGAACUGGAAUUUUGGAGAAUGUGAUUCAGUGUUACUGAAUCAGGUAAAAUGGCUUCUUUAUAUUAUUAUGUUCAUAGCUGUUAGGGAUAUGCUUUUAACAUAUUAGUUUGUUCGUAGAGUCUUUUCUUUGCACAUGAAUUUUGUUCGUAAUUUGAUAACAUGAACUGCUAUUAGUUUCAAAUUGUUUUACCA